AUGGUGGAAAAAAAGCUUGACCAAAUCACCAUGCAAGCUCCUGUUGUGUUUAUGAACACGUCUGCCCAAAGACAGACGGGCCGCGAAGCACAGAUACAGAACAUCACCGCGGCAAAGGCCGUGGCAGAUAUCAUCAGAACGUGUCUGGGACCAAAGGCCAUGCUCAAGAUGUUGCUGGACCCGAUGGGGGGCAUUGUGUUGACCAACGACGGACACGCGAUUUUGCGGGAGAUCGACGUGGCACACCCGGCCGCCAAGUCGAUGAUCGAGCUCAGUCGCACGCAAGACGAAGAGGUUGGCGAUGGAACCACGUCGGUGAUUAUCCUUGCGGGCGAGGUUCUUGCACAGACGUUUCCUUACAUAGACAAGAACAUCCAUCCUGUUGUGAUUAUCCAGGCUUUGAAACAGGCGUUGAAGGACGCGUUGGAGAUUAUUCACGAGGUGAGUAUUCCUGUUGACCUGGAAAACGAAGAGGCCAUGGUGAAACUGAUCAGUGCCGCCAUUGGUACCAAGUAUGUGGCGAAAUGGUCGCAGUUGAUGUGUCAAUUGGCGCUCACAGCUGUGAAAACCGUGGUUGUUCAGGACGGAGAGCACAAGGAGAUCGAUAUCAAGAGAUACGUGCGUGUGGAGAAGAUCCCUGGUGGCGAGAUCGAGGACUCUGAGGUUCUGGACGGUGUGUUGCUCAACAAGGACGUUGUGCAUCCUAAAAUGAAGAGACUGAUCGAGAACCCUCGUGUGGUGCUUCUGGACUGUCCGUUGGAGUACAAGAAGGGCGAGAGUCAAACUAAUGUGGAGAUCACCAAGGAAGAGGACUGGGCCAGAUUGCUGCAGAUCGAGGAGGAACAGGUCAAGCUGAUGUGCGAGCAGAUUCUCGCCGUGAAGCCGGACCUGGUGAUCACAGAAAAGGGUGUUUCAGACCUUGCACAGCACUACUUGCUCAAGGGAGGCUGCUCGGUGUUGAGAAGAGUGAAAAAGAGUGAUAAUAACAGAAUCUCCAGAUCCACAGGCGCCACCAUCGUGAACCGCGUGGAGGACCUGAAGGAGUCGGACGUGGGCACCAAGUGCGGUCUGUUCGAGGUGAAACUGAUUGGAGACGAGUACUUCACGUUCCUGGUGAAAUGUAAAGACCCAGGAGCAUGUACCGUGCUGUUGCGCGGACCGUCCAAGGACGUUUUGAACGAGAUCGACAGAAACCUGCAGGACGCCAUGGCGGUGACUAGAAACGUGUUUUUCGAGCCGUCGCUGGCCCCUGGUGGAGGUGCUACCGAGAUGGCUGUCAGUGUUGGUUUGGCCGAGAGAGCCAAGAAGAUCGAGGGCGUGCAACAAUGGCCGUACCAGGCUGUGGCCGACGCGUUCGAGGUGAUUCCAAGAACGCUGGUGCAGAACUGCGGAGGCAACCCGAUCAGGGUGUUGUCGCAGCUCAGAGCCAAACACGCUAUUGGAGAACACACCUGGGGUAUUGACGGCGAAAGCGGCAAGAUCGUGGACAUGAACGAGUACGGCAUUUGGGAACCAGAGGUCAUCAAGCAGCAGAGCGCCAAGACGGCCAUCGAGUCCGCAAGCAUGCUUCUGAGGGUCGACGACAUCGUUUCUGGUGUCCGCAAGGAGGAGAAGUGA